CGACAGCAUGGCGAAGACAGAAAAGAUAACAAACGACUUAAAACACGAAAAUCAGGAUACUUUGCCAACAAAAACAAACGAAAAUUUGUCAGGGAGAUCGUUAGAUGUAGCGGAAGAGGCAUCAGCUUCUGUUAGGGAGCUCAAUAAUGUGAUAUUGAAGUUAAAACCAAUAGUGAAACAAGCCAAAUCAAGAACCAUUCAGAAAAUAGUUAGACAGAUUCAAAGAUUAAAAAAGACAAAAGGGUCUGAUGAGAAAGUUGAGAAAUCUAGAAAUAAAGCUGAGAGAUUGUUAGAUGAGAUAUAUACUAUUAAGUCAUUAGAGCUAGAACAAUUGGCUCAAUAUUCACUAGGAAAUACGACUAGCUUCUUUCAUCUCAGUUCUCAGAAAGAUAUACCAGUUGAGAUCAAAGCCAUGACUAGAGUGUCUGAAAACCCUCAAGUUCAGCAAUACGUCAAGGCGUUUCGGGCGAACCACAAAGAUUGGGAGAAGCUAGGAGACUUCAUGUUAUCUAAACAAUCAGGUCGACGUUAUAAACAUGCUACGAGUGAAAAUCGUGUAGAACGUAUCAAAGCUAGUGAGGCUCUUGUGAAGACAUAUAUUGAUAAGAAAUUCUCAGGGGAUAAAGACAAAAUUAAAAAGGUGGAGUCCAUUUCCGAACAUGUUUUAACUAAACCUCGUAGAUUUCAAAAAGCUGAUACAUCUGAAAGUUUGAAAGACUCCGAACCCAAAAAAGAUACGAAGGGUCCAAAACCUGAGAAAAGGAAAUUAUUUAG